CCCCCUUUCCUACUGCUAUUUAUCGCCUCCAGCCCCACGCUUUUCGAUCGUUCUAGCGCCGUCUCGUUUCCAGAGACUCCGUGCUUCUGCAUCUACUUCUUUUCAUCUCCAGUUUUGCAUUGUCAUUCCAUCUCGACCGCCUCCCCUCUUUGCUGACUCUGUGUUGUUGUCGACAGCCACGCUUAUCAAUCUUCCCUCCUACUGCCGCGCGCUGGUUCCGAAGUCGCCCUCGUAAUCUUAUCAACCAUGUCGGUCAAAUUCCAGGAUGGAGCUGCUGCUGCGGCUGCUGCUGCUACCGCUGCUGCUGAUUCUGGGUCGAUUCGGGAGGAGACAAAGCAAUUGGUGCAUCAUGUUGGUGAACGGUUGACGGGAGCUGGCUAUCUUUCUCUCUACAUCCGCCAACUGCAGUCGAACCCUCUGCGCACCAAGAUGUUGACAUCCGGUGUUCUUUCGGCCCUGCAAGAGUUCCUGGCCUCGUGGAUCGCGCACGAUGUGAGCAAGCACGGCCACUACUUCAGUCCCCGUGUGCCCAAGAUGGCUCUCUACGGCAUGUUCGUCAGUGCGCCUCUGGGUCAUUUCCUCAUUGGCAUUCUUCAGAAGAUCUUCGCUGGCCGAACCAGCAUCAAGGCCAAGAUCUUGCAGAUUAUCGCCAGUAACUUGGUGGUCUCCCCCAUUCAAAACAUCGUCUAUCUGACUUCGAUGGCCAUUAUCGCUGGUGCGCGAACCUUCCACCAGGUCCGCGCAACCAUCCGCGCUGGUUUCUUCCCUGUUAUGAAGGUCAGCUGGAUCAUCUCGCCUGUGGCGCUGGCCUUUGCGCAGAAGUUCAUCCCCGAGCACCUCUGGGUGCCAUUCUUCAACGUCGUCGGCUUCGCCGUCGGAACCUACGUCAACACCCACACCAAGAAGAAGCGUUUGGAAGCUCUCCGCAAGCGCUAUGACCAACGCCGUGGCCCCGGCAGCGACUACGAGAAGAGAGACUACUAGACGAUAUCUAUCCGCUGGUCGAAUAAAAAAACGCAGCUUUGCAUGACCUCCCAUCGCCCUCGCAUGUUUAUAAUAUAACGGUACGGAGUACCGAAGAGGGCCUGGUGGAAUCGUCCCCUUUUUGCAUCUCGAAUAUAUGCCUCGGAAUAAAACGGAAUCGGAUGCCCUUUGAUUUUGUUUUAUCUCAACGCAUAUAUUCAAUUGUUUAUUUAUUUUGUUCUUUUCCUUUGUUAUUCCCCCCGCAAUCCGUGAUAAGGACAUUGUCGAGAUGAAGAUAUGUUCCCACUGUUUUGAUGAUGAAUGGCUUUAUAUUUCUCAUUUUGUUUUGUUUUUUUCCAAUCCCCCUUUUUUAUGCUUUGACCCAGAGAUAAAUACCUUGUUUAUUCGCUUCUCUCGGUCUGUUACUAUAAUUUUUUGGCCAUUGUCUCUUAUUUGACCUCUUCCAAUACUAAAUCGUUUUGGUCAGUCUGUCUUAUGUCUUGCCGUUUUGG